UUCUAUUGUCCAGUCUAGAAAAAUGUUUCGAGAAAGGAAAAUCAGUUCGCCCAAGCGAUUUGAGGAGAAAGUCGUCGACUUUGAUAUAAAAAAGCUACAUGGGGAACGACUAUUCAGCGUCAGUGAUACGUUUGGUGGUCGUGAUGAGGACGACGACUCUGCGUCAUUCGAGAACGAGGCGGUACAAUAUUGGAAAAUCUUUUUCGACUUUUCCUUCUACACUUUGCUAACGCCAUUCCGAUUUUCAUGGGACAAAACGACUGGACUUUAUAAGAUGAAGCGUUCAGCACUGCAGAUUUUUCUUCAAUGGGCGCUUUACUCUUGCUGCACCGUGUACUUCCUCCUCCGAGUACAGAAAAUGUCUGAAAUGGACCCCAUCGAAAACCCAUCCCUUUAUUUCCAAGUGGCCUACUACUUCUUCGACACAACGUUCCUCGUUGCGCUCUUUUUAUCAUUUGGACGUCAGGCGCAAAAGGUCAUGGGUGUAUUCAGAGAUCUGCAGACGAACAACCAGAAGUUCUACAGGGACUAUAGAAAUGCAGCCAAGACUCGUAGAAUUUCGGCUACGAUUUGUAUGGGCUGCUUGGGAACGCUGGUGCUCCAAAUUCUCGAAACCUUUAAAGAUCAGGAUUGGAGUUGGACAGGCUUUUGGGGGUAUUGGAUGGACGAUGCCGCGUGGGCCUUUGGCGCUAAACCCCUGACCGAUAUCUGUCCGAUCUGCUUUGGUGUGCUCGCCAUAACCGGAAGUUUGCUUGAAAAGCUGUUCAACGCAUUUUCCGACGUCCUCUUCACAAUGACGGUCCUCAUGUGGAGCAACAUGGUCAACAGUUUCUACGACGCAAUGCAGCAGACGGAAGCUGCUGGUGGGGCAACCGUUGAACCCGUUGAUGUGUUGGACCACUAUGCGUGGCUCAAGCUGAUCACGAAAAGGAUGAAUUUCGCCAUGAGUCUCAUAAAUGGCGCCUUUAUCGCUGGAAAUUUACCAUUCUAUGCAACCAACGUUUUCGAAGUGUUUGGAGACGCAAACAUAUUCAUGAGGUUGCGGUAUAUGUUCUAUUGCAGUUACUGGUAUCCAUCCUUAUUCAUAGCGGCCGCAGCAAAUGCAAAGUUCGAACAUGUGAAAGCGUGGAUUUGCAAGGAGGAAAAUUAUUCCCGUGUUCCGGACCAUAAACUGAGGGUAUUUCUCCACGAGAUCAGUUAUCACACGGUGGGCAUUAGUUCGUUUGGAAUAAUCACGGUGACCUGGCAUUCUGUCGGAUCUAUAAUCAGUAUAAUCAUGACGUACGCCUUGAUGAAAUCUCAACUCAAUAGUGUCGUACCUGCUGAAGGGGAUUCUACUAUGAACGAUACAAGUAUUAUCCUGGUGCAAAACUAUACCGCAAGAAGCUUGUUGUGGUGAUAAGCUGGUCGAACAAUGAAUACGGGGACUAUAACUUUACUCGACAAAUUGUCUAUUUUAUUAUAAUUAAAUAAAUAUAACGCAGUAUAAUUAUAGCUUUA